AUGCUGGACAUGCUCCACGAUGUGCAGGGUCAUUUGGUACGAAUAACACAUUCGGUCUCAAAGAUGCCCGUAGAGCUCAUUAGCUCUCCUGAACUCACCUGCAGAACAGACGGAGCCCCGCCCCAGAGCAGACACAACUCACCUGGACAGAAGACCCAGAACAGAGACAACUCACCUGGACAGAAGACACAACUCCCCUGGACAGAAGACCCAGAACAGAGACAACUCACCUGGACAGAAGACCCAGAACAGAGACAACUCACCUGGACAGAAGACACAACUCACCUGGACAGAAGACCCAGAGCAGACACCACUUACCUGGACAGAAGACCCAGAACAGAGACAACUCACCUGGACAGAAGACACAACUCACCUGGACAGAAGACACAACUCACCUGGACAGAAGACACAACUCACCUGGACAGAAGACACAACUCACCUGGACAGAAGACCCAGAACAGAGACAACUCACCUGGACAGAAGACCCAGAACAGAGACAACUCACCUGGACAGAAGACCCAGAACAUAGACAACUCACCUGGACAGAAGACCCAGAACAGAGACAACUCACCUGGACAGAAGACCCAGAGCAGAGAAGUCACAGCUCACCUGCAGUCCCAGAGAAGUCACAGCUCACCUGCAGUCCCAGAGAAGUCACAGCUCACCUGCAGUCCCAGAGAAGUCACAGCUCACCUGCAGUCCCAGAGAAGACACAGCUCACCUGCAGUCCCAGAGAAGACACAGCUCACCUGCAGUCCCAGAGAAGUCACAGCUCACCUGCAGUCCCAGAGAAGUCACAGCUCACCUGCAGUCCCAGAGAAGUCACAGCUCACCUGCAGUCCCAGAGAAGACACAGCUCACCUGCAGUCCCAGAGAAGACACAGCUCACCUGCAGUCCCAGAGAAGACACAGCUCACCUGCAGUCCCAGAGAAGUCACAGCUCACCUGCAGUCCCAGAGAAGUCACAGCUCACCUGCAGUCCCAGAGAAGUCACAGCUCACCUGCAGUCCCAGAGAAGACACAGCUCACCUGCAGUCCCAGAGAAGUCACAGCUCACCUGCAGUCCCAGAGAAGUCACAGCUCACCUGCAGUCCCAGAGAAGUCACAGCUCACCUGCAGUCCCAGAGAAGACACAGCUCACCUGCAGUCCCAGAGAAGACACAGCUCACCUGCAGUCCCAGAGAAGACACAGCUCACCUGCAGUCCCAGAGAAGUCACAGCUCACCUGCAGUCCCAGAGAAGUCACAGCUCACCUGCAGUCCCAGAGAAGUCACAGCUCACCUGCAGUCCCAGAGAAGACACAGCUCACCUGCAGUCCCAGAGAAGUCACAGCUCACCUGCAGUCCCAGAGAAGACACAGCUCACCUGCAGUCCCAGAGAAGUCACAGCUCACCUGCAGUCCCAGAGAAGACACAGCUCACCUGCAGUCCCAGAGAAGACACAGCUCACCUGCAGUCCCAGAGCAGCAGAUCCUCCUGUCCUGAAGGUAUCCCAGGGUUCCACCAGCUGUUACCAUAGUAACCACCAGCCAUGGGGAAGCAGAACAGCAAACUCCGCCCAGAGGUGAUGCAGGACCUGCUGGAGAGCA